AUGUCGAGCUCCAGCUAUCCAGCAGUGGCGGUGCCUGCGGGGGUGACAAGGGCCGAAAUCCUGGCGUUUCGUGAAGCGCUAUCGGCGCCCGUUCGCGAGCGAUCGUGGCUGUUGGUUCUUACUUCGGCUCUUGCAUCCUCCCACCACGGGCCCGAAACCAUCACGACGCUCUACGAACUUGCGCUUUCGGAAAGCACGGCCGACAAGGCGGCGGCGCAAAGCAUCCAGCGCCGCAUUCAGGAGACGCUCGUCAAGGGCAGUGUGAUCUUUGGCAUCCCCCCCGCCCUCGACACGGUGUUUGAACUGCUGGCGCACAUUCGAUCCACCAACCCUUCAUAUCUGCUGACGAAGGACGACUUUACGAGGUCGCAUCUGCUGGAUCAACCCAUCUCCGCCCUGAGGGGGAAAGCCGAGGAGGCAUUGAAAAGGGUAUACCGCCAUAAUUUGGACGACAUCCUAGACGUCAAGAUGAACGACAACAUGCAGGAUAUCAAGUUUUUGACGCUCGACGUCAACUACGGACUUAAUCUCGCUCAGCAGGGCGUGAUCGAUUGGAGAGAUACCGAGCUGGUGGUGCUCGCCGCGCUCGUCACGCAGAAUUGCCGCGCAGAGGUGCUCUGGCACAUGCGAGGGGCUAUGCGUGCAGGCUGGUCAGAGCAGGAUGUCCAGUCUGUAAGACAGGUCGCCAUCGAUAUUGCGAAGCGUCUCGGCAUGCGCACCGAUAAGGUACCAGCGCUCGCGGCUGUCAGCGAAGACUCUAAUGACUAG